AUGAACAUGUAUUUGUUGACUCGACGGAUGAAGUUUCCACCUUCUAUUGAAGCUAAAGACUUGAUCUUGAAACCAACUGAUGGUAAAAAACCAAGAAGGUCGCCAAACGCAUUCAUUAUUUAUAGAAAAUUAUUCGUUCAGACAGCGAGAGCAAACGGAUAUAAUUUACAAAUGACGGAAAUAUCGAAGACAGCAUCUAAAUCAUGGGAAAAUGAAGCAGAGUAUGUUAAAAAAUAUUAUAAACGACUUGCUAAAGAAGCAUAUAAAUAUCGUAGCGAAAUGUUUCCCAAAACCGAUCGAAGAAAAAAAAGACAACAAUGGAAUAUUGUUUCUUUUAAAUCGACGUCAGAUGAACAAGAAUCUCAUAACGAUACAGAUUCCACGUCUUCUACGUCAAAUCAAUCCCCAUUAUUUUCCGCUAUCGAUUUACAACAGACUUGGCCUAGCGAAGAUCUAAUAGAUUGGUCUAGUCCGGAGUUAUCUACGAGUAAUAGUUUCUCUCCAGAAAUGAAUGAAUUUAACGAUUUUAAUGAAAUUGGAGAAAUUAACGAAUCAUAUCCACCGCAUAUAAUACAUAACGAGUUUUAUAAUUAUGACGAAACAAUUAAUCAAAAUAUUUUUGAGAUAGACACAAAUACAUGUAUCAAUUAUAAUAAUGAGAUUAAUUCGAAUAAUCCAUUAUGGUUUCAACCUGGAAAUUUACCGCUAGGUUUAACCCAAGAAUCCGAUAAUAAUUCAUCUUUUUACCUUUAA